AACAAAACAAUAAGGGCGGAGUGAAGAAGAAGUAACGAACGACUCUUGCAGAGAUAGAGAGGCCUAACCAACAGCAGAUUCUAGGGUUUGUGUUGGGGAAGCCCAUACAGCAAAUUACACACCCAUUAAUAGAAGAAAAAUAAAGGUAAAAAUGUCACAGAACGGGAAAUUAAUGCCAAAUCUGGAUCAACAGAGCACCAAAAUCCUCAAUCUCACUGUUCUCCAACGAAUCGAUCCCUUCGUCGAAGAGAUUUUAAUCACCGCCGCUCAUGUCACCUUCUAUGAAUUCAACAUCGACCUCAGCCAAUGGAGUCGAAAGGACGUCGAGGGAUCUCUAUUUGUCGUUAAAAGGAACACUCAGCCCCGGUUCCAGUUCAUUGUGAUGAAUCGGCGCAACACAGAUAAUUUGGUGGAGAAUCUCUUAGGGGAUUUUGAGUAUGAAGUUCAGGUUCCAUAUCUAUUAUAUCGAAAUGCAGCCCAAGAAGUCAAUGGUAUUUGGUUCUACAAUGCACGUGAAUGUGAGGAGGUCGCGAAUCUUUUUACCAGGAUACUGAAUGCAUACUCCAAGGUGCCUCCAAAGACAAAGGUGUCUUCAACAAAAAGCGAGUUUGAGGAAUUGGAAGCAGUUCCAACUAUGGCAGUGAUGGAUGGUCCUCUAGAGCCCUCAUCAUCAACCUCCUCAAAUGUUGCAGAUGUUCCUGAUGAUCCUUCAUUUGUGAACUUCUUCAGUGAGGCUGUAACAAUUGGCAAUGCUUCAAGUGUUGCAGUUACUGGACAGCCUUACCAGUCUUCUGCAACACCCCCCCUACCUUCUUGUCCACCCAAUGCUAUUCCUGGCACUGUUCCGACCUUGCAGCUUGCUUCUCCUCCUCAAUCAACAUCUACUUCUUUGAUUCCCCUCCUUGAUACCUCUCAACCCAUCAGCACAAGCAACCGAACCACUAAUCUUGUAAAGCCUUCUUCAUUUUUUGGUCCUCCAUCCUCUUCCCCACUGAUGAUGCCACCUCUCUCUUCUGCCAUGCCUACUGCUCCCCCCCUCCAUCCACCUGUAACCUUACAACGGCCAUAUGGUGCUCCGAUGCUUCAACCAUUCCCACCACCCACUCCCCCACCAUCCCUUACACCUACUUCUAUGCCAGCCCCAAAUUAUGGACCAGUUAUCACUAGAGACAAAGUCCGUGAAGCACUUCUGAUGCUUGUUCAGCUGCUGUUGUUCCUUGAACUUGGUGGUAUUGAGAAAGGUCAAAGAAUUAGAAUUUUCAUUGGAAGAUAUUAGACCACAAUUGAAAUCAAAUGGGGUGUUAAUAAGGAAAGGCCUACAUAUUCAUAAUAUCUCUACUCCAACUAUGGAAGACUACAAAUGUAUUUAUUGUUUGAUCGGUAACAAAUUCUGAGGAAGGUAGGUGGCUGUUUAUUUUUCAUGAACUAGUCUUUUCAUGAAUAAAAUUGCAUGGAGGGGAUAGGCACACCAAGUCCUAGCAUUUAAGAAAAAUAGGAAUACAAUUUGAAGGUGGAUUGACAUAAUUUUCCAAAGCUAAGUACUGUAGCAUGUCGUUUUGGUCAUUAGCCAUUAGUCUGGAUGCUCUGAAUGGGAUUUUCUGUGUUCAAGUUUCAUAGUUAUUUGGUCUUGUUAAGUUCUUCUGUGAAAUGAUAGUUUAAGAUUGUUCAAUGUACUGAAAUUUGACCUAGGAACUCUCUUCCUCACAUUGUUUCUGAAGUUAAAUAUCCCAGGCUACUGGUCUUUAUCUCAUGAUCCAUAGAUUUCUGCUCUAGGCAGUAGGACAACCUCACUCAAACAAUCUACAGAAAAACUGCAACUUGUUUCCCUUCAGUCGUAGGUUUCAUUGUUGAUAUGGAAUUACAUCAAGUCAUACUUGUUACUCGCAGCUUUUGUAGCUUUUCUUUCUACUAGUCUGCUUGUAGUUGUGCCUUACUGUGAUGUUGCAUAUCUUUUUAUCCUUCCUUCCUGAUGAGCUGUUGGGUUGUGAUAGGACAAUCAAUUUAUUGAUAUGGUCCAUCGAGCAUUGCUGAAUGCACACCACUCGUGAUCAGUUGGAAGAGGCAUCUCCUAUUUGCUGGAAUCCACAAUUGUGAUAAAUUGGAAGAGGCAUAUAGUUUCCUUGCUGGAGUUUCUUCUAUUGUGUAGUUUUUUACUCGCUCUAAGCGCAUGUAAGACCAUUUUGUACAGCAAUCACACUCCAUCCGGUGGCUUUGACAUCACUGAAACUCAUUUCUAAUAUAUAUAUAUAUAUAUAUAUAUAUAUAUGUAAGAUCAUUCUGGCUUUUGAUCGUUUGGUGAAGUUGAUGAUCAACGACUACUGCAUUUGAAGGUUGCCCCAAGCUUAUAUUCAUUGGUGGAAAGGUUAUUUGUGUUGAACCACAAAGUUAACAAAAAGUCUUGUGGCUCUAUGGGCAUCGAGUAUUUGUGGAGUACGUAAAUCAUACUUAUCUGCACCCAUUAAUCUGUUGUUUUUUUGUUCAUCAAUAUAAGUUUAAAUUCUUUUUUGCA